UGAAAACACAAUUUCAUUAUUCUGAUAUUGUGACGAUGUAGCCCGUGCCGGUGGCUGGGUGGUACGUAUUCGAUGUACGUAGAAUCAUCGUUCUUUUCUAUUAGAAACACAACACUCCUUUGGUGGGACUGUUUCACUGGAAAACUUUUAAUGACUGGAUUUUCUGGCUAGGUUUUAAUUGUUCAUAAUUCAUAACUGCUCUGCGGAAUUGUCAUUUUGACAUUUUAUUCACAGAUUGAUUGGUUGAAAAUCUUUAAAAGAUGAAGUCGAUCCUCUGUUUUCCCUUGCUUCUCUUGCUGAUGUGUUUCACUCGAAAAGUGUAUUCGAGUCACAUUGAAGAGACUGGUAUGAGCGAUGAUGAGAUGGAGCGAAGAAGGACCUACUGUAUCCGUAUCUCACGUGUUAGUAAGAGAGAUACCCUUGAACUACGCCCAGUUCAUUGCCCAUCAGGCUUCGAGUUCUGCUUUACGUCUACCACUUGUUGCUGUGAGCAAAUUCCAGAGAAAAUGAAUUCCAAGGCGUUAGCAAUUGGUCUAGGAGUUGGUGGGGUUUUUCUCUCUCUUAUCAUCUUCCUCGCUUGCUAUGUGUGUAUGAGAAGACCAAUGAUGAGUGUUCCUCCUCCUCUCCAUCCUCCUCCUGGCAACGCUGACCGUCGAUCGACCAGCAAACCUCCAUUUUCAGACACAAGUAGUAUACAGAACUACACAUCUAAAUAUGGCUCCUCUCCUUCCUCUUAUUACGGAGACCCGUCGGAGAAGUACGGGCCGCCGUCGACGAGGUACGGCUACGCUCCGGGGGCCAUGGAUGGUGAAAGUCUGGACGGUUUCGAUGUAGGGAAAGUGGCGCCGCUAUCCAUAUCGGGCAAUCUCCCUCCACCAGCUUACAGCGAGCAUUCGUUUGCUGUCGGGCCCGGUCCGGCCGGGCCAGUGGUACUCUACAAACCUGGACGAGGAAGUGACUUGAGUUCACGCGGCUACAGUAAACGUUCUUCUCGACCAUCAUCAGUCACUUCUUGGCUUAAAACACAAGAGGGCGCCCACUCUCAACCUCCUCGUCGCUCCUCUGUUGGCAGCGAACGUUCGGUGGUGAGGAACUCCCGUCCUGUCAGCCGUGCGAGCAGCGUCAUCAACGAGGGUUUCGAACCCGAGGGCGACCAGCGAAGCCAUUUGAAGACGUCACCGAGUGUACGUUCUAACGGUGGUUCGACCGUGGCGGCGAGUGAGGUCAUCUAUAACUCAGUAGGGGCGAUGUCCCAGGCUGACCGAGCCUCGACGGUACACGACGCUUAGCUGAAAAAAUAGGGGCCAACUACUAAUUAUUUUUAGCAAUAAAAGAACAAACACAUUCAGAAGAGUUUGAUGAUGUUUAUGAAAAGUUGAUACAAAGUGGUGUAAAUAUUCUUAAUUACUGGGCUUAUCAUUAGAGGCCCUAAUAUACACACCGCAAAAAAAAAUUGUUUAAGCAUUAUCUUUUCGAAGGGGUACUCGCGAAAACAAAAUUUUAAUGGGAUGGUCCAAGCUGACAAUAUUUAUAUCUCAAUAAAUAGAGUAAAAUUCACAAAGAA